UAUCUAUUUAGAUAUAUCAGUCAUGAAAAAACAACUCAUUUCUAGUUUUCUCCUUGCCUUUUUUCUUCUCAUAUCUCACCACUUAACCAAAGCCCAACCCUUUGAUUACCCAACUGCAAGUCUUUCCACCACAUGGAACAACAAUGUGACCGCACCCCACUCAGUUAGCUUCACUGAUGGCUCAACGGUCCGAGCCAUCCUCCUAAGAGGAACAUUCGGGCCAAGGUUUGCUUGUGGCUUCUACUGCAAUGGACCAUGCACAUCUUACCUCUUUGGAGUCUUCAUUGUUCAAACAAAUAGCGGAGGUGGUAUUGUUCAACCCGCUAUCGGGUUCCCUCAAGUUGUUUGGUCAGCUAACCGAAACCAUCCUGUUAAACUUGGGGCCAAACUUGAACUUAAUGCAGCUGGAGAUUUAGUACUUAGUGAUGCUGAUGGUAGCCAUGUUUGGUCUACAAAAACUGCAGGGAAAUCUGUUGCUGGCAUGCAGAUUACUGAUUCUGGAAACUUGGUUUUGUUUAAUUCACGUAACACGAGUGUUUGGCAAUCUUUCGAUCACCAGACUGAUAGCAUGGUACCCGGGCAAAAACUAGUUCAAGGACAAAAGUUGGUUUCUAGUGUUUCAUCCACGAAUUGGGGUAAAGGUUUGUAUUCUCUUGAAGUCACAAAUAAGGGUUUGGUUGCGUAUCUUGAAUCGAACCCACGUCGAGUUUAUUAUAGUUACAUAAUCAAUGGAGUGGAUAGAAGUAAAGAAAGAAGUUACGUUAAGUUCUUAAACGGAAGUUUGUCUUUGUUCAUUCAUUCUUCAGAGCCAAGCCGUCCUGAUGCUGAGAUUCCUGUGCCUUUAGCAUCAUCUGCUCAGUACAUGAAACUAAUGCCUGAUGGGCAUUUGAAAGUGUUGGAAUGGCAGUCGGGGUGGAACGUCGUGGCAGAUUUGUUUGGUGUCCGUAGCUAAUAAUGGAAACUGAUCAAAUCAGAUUAUUUGGGCUAUAAUUUCCUAAGGAUGUCUUUAUAUGGUCGGUUUAUGUAGAAUAAAUGGAUGAUUGAUUACCAUAAGUAUUGAAUUGUUGCAAGUACUCAUGUAUGUUACGGCUGAAUAACAAUAAAAGUUA